UCAAUCAUUUUCCUAUUGUAGCAUGCAAUUCACGCGGACGUGUGGUGCAUCAGCUAGUGCUGAAUUUGUUUUGGAAAGACGGCUGUUUGUUUAAGCUACGCAAGGACGAUACGUCACGGGUAGCGGGCAUGUAAAGAGAAGGUUACAGAGAGGAUGCUCCCGACUUCGACACCGGCUUAAAAAAACAGGCUUCGGAUGCAUUGUAGACGUGGUGCUGCAAACCAUAAAAUGCCAUAAAGCUGAUGUUUUCACUGCUCAGAUGUGAAGGAUGCGUUCCUGCUCAGAGAUCUGUGCGUCAGAGAAGGUUGAGCACGCGCACAGUGCUGCUGAGGGUAACUAUCGACGCUAUGGAGUUCGAUCAUACUUACACCAGUUUUAUGAAGACUGCACUGCCUCAAUCUGGGAACAUGAUGAAGAUUUUCAGAUUCAGAGAUCACCAAGCAGGUGGAGCUCUGUUCUCUGGAAGGUCGGACUCAUGUCAGGAACCAUCAUUCUCUUAACGGGCCUGAUAGUCAUCGCAGUUGGCUAUGUCGUACCACCAAAGAUUGAAGCCUUUGGGGAAGAUGAAUUACUUUUCAUCGACAGUCAUGCAAUCCAGUUUAACAAGGCUCUAGACAUCUGCAAGCUUGUCGGGGCCAUUCUGUUCUGCGUUGGAGGAACCCUGAUGGCAAUCUGCCUUCUGAUGUCUGCCUUUGCUAAAAGCUACUCUAAAGAGGAGACUUAUCUGCAGCAAAAGUUUAAGGAGAGAAUAGCGGAACUGCAAGCAUCGGCGCACCCAAUUACCAAGGCACCCACACCCGGAGAGAGCCGAAUCCCCGUCACCCUCUCCAAGGUGCAAAAUGUCCAACCUCCUCCUGAGACCUGAUGUUAAAUGUUGAUGUCAGUGGCAAAUUGUUUUUCCAAAGGUUAGCCCCCUACGAUUGAGUAGAAAGGAAAGUGGCAGAAGAAAAAUUAAUAAAUUAUCAUUUAUUCAUGUGCA